ACCCGAACGUAACCGGACAGGAAAAGCCGCCGCCGCCGCCGCCGCGCUGACUCCGUUGUUGCUGCUGCCGGGCGCGGAGACGGCGGCGGCCCCCGCGCGGCGCCACCCGGCGGCCCCCACGCCCCCCAGAGUGUAAAAAAAUGGAUUUGGCCAACCAUGGACUUAUUCUGCUGCAGCAGCUAAAUGCUCAGAGAGAGUUCGGUUUCCUGUGUGACUGCACAGUUGCCAUUGGGGAUGUCUACUUCAAGGCACACAAAUCUGUCCUCGCUUCUUUCUCCAACUACUUCAAGAUGUUGUUUGUUCAUCAAACCAGUGAAUGUGUCCGUCUGAAAGCGACCGACAUACAGCCAGAUAUCUUCAGUUAUCUCUUGCAUUUGAUGUACACUGGGAAGAUGGCACCACAGCUCAUUGACCCAGUUCGACUAGAACAGGGAAUAAAGUUUCUGCAUGCAUAUCCACUAAUUCAAGAGGCCAGCCUUGCAAGUCAGGGAACUUUUUCUCACCCGGAUCAAGUCUUUCCAUUAGCAUCUUCAUUAUAUGGCAUUCAGAUUGCAGAUCACCAGAUAAGGCAUCCCACUAAGGUUACGUCAGCGACCGACAAACUUGGGCGAGAACCACGGCCUCAGACAUCCCGGAUGAACCAAGAGCAGGCUUCUGAAGGCUCGCAGCUCUCGCAGUUGGGUGCAAAUCUGCCACAAGUGACCCGGACAAAUAUGUCUGCUUCUGACCCAUUGCCAUCUUCUCUAUCUCCGGAAUUGGUAUCUGCUGCUGGUAAUAAUUCACCUUCGGGAGAAGAGGCCAAUAUGGAAGCAUCUUCUUCAGAUGAACAGCCUGCCUCUCUCACAAUAGCACACGUCAAGCCAAGCAUUAUGAAAAGGAACGGAAGCUUCCCAAAAUACUAUGCCUGUCACCUCUGUGGUCGCCGGUUCAACCUGCGCAGCAGCUUGCGGGAGCACCUGCAGAUCCACACGGGAGUUCCCUUCACAUCUAGCCAGCAGGGAGAAAGUAAUAUUUCUUUGUCUCUCUGUAACAACACAGCUGAUAAAGAUGCCAUGGAAGUGCCUGAAGCGGGGAUGAUUAGUGACAGCGAGCUGCAGCAGAUCUCAGACUCCCCAAUAAUUGAUGGGCAGCAGCAGUCAGAGACACCUCCCCCCUCCGAUAUCGCAGAUAUUGACAACCUGGAGCAGGCAGAUCAAGAGAGGGAGGUAAAGAGACGGAAAUACGAAUGUUCCAUCUGUGGUCGCAAAUUUAUUCAGAAAAGCCACUGGAGGGAGCACAUGUACAUACACACGGGCAAGCCCUUCAAGUGCAGCACUUGUGACAAAAGCUUUUGUAGGGCUAACCAGGCUGCCAGACACGUGUGCCUAAACCAGAGCAUGGACACGUACACGAUGGUGGAUAAACAGACUCUGGAGCUCUGUACUUUUGAGGAAGGCAGUCAAAUGGACAACAUGCUAGUACAGACCAACAAACCCUACAAAUGUAACUUGUGUGACAAAACUUUUUCAACUCCCAAUGAAGUAGUCAAACAUUCGUGCCAAAAUCAAAACUCUGUCUUUACGCUAGAAGAAGAUCGCUCCAUUCUGUUAGGUGGUGGGGACACAGAAGCCACAGAGACUGAUAACGCAGUGUUAGCCUCCAUCAAAAAGGAGCAGGAAGCAGUGUUGUUAGACUGAAUGUGAAACCUAUAUCAAUUUUUUAAAGUUUCUUUACUCAUUUUUUUAUUAAAUCAAUUUUUUCCUCCCCCUACCUCUUACCUCACUUACCCCUACAUCUUUUCCAGCAACCUCCUUCCUACCCUUUGUCUUCAGCAACCAGAACUGUACUGGCACAUUAAGGAAAUUGGACUUUGCCUCUCCCACCAAAACAAACAAAAAGCUCUUGCAUCAAACCACAACAACAAAAUUGAUUUUAAUACAAAGGAACAUGUGAAAAAACAAUCCAGCUAACUAUGUUGAUAGUAUUAGUUAUUCCAAAUUUAAUAGAUUUUAAACAAAAUUUAGAUUGCUUAAAGGUGUAUUUAGAUACAAUGAUGAGUGUAAUAAGAAACAGAGUAUCAGUUUGGUAAGCAAAAGAUAUAUGUAUUUUAGUUUCCCUGGUAGAAGGCAUUUUGAGAUCUGGCAGAUUAAACACCGUGCUCUUUACAAGUCCGUGUGCAAGUUGAUUAAGGUUAUAACCUAAGCCCUCAGAACUUUUCCUCAAGGAAUGCAGAAAUCUCUGUUCAUUGAGUUAAAAAGAGCUGAGGGUGUUGGGUUUUUUUAGCCGUAUGUUUUCCUUCAAGUAUGCCUUUGGGUAUCUGUUUCAGAGUCAAGCAAAGUCGUUACUUAGUCAAAUUCUGACUUAAGUAGCUGUAAUAGUAAUGUGAUGGCAAUCUUUAUAUAUAUAUAUUUAUAAAUACUGUAUAUGUAUAAAGAUUUAUAUAUAUAUAAAGUGUCUGUGUGUAUAUUUGGUACAGGUAAAUAAAUGCACACAUCCUUUUGAAGUAACUGGCCAUCUGCUCUCAGAUUCAGCCUGGAAUGUCUUUUAGUUGUUUGACAAAGCUCGUCAUUGCACAGGUUGCUUUUAGCCAAAUUUGAAACAUCCUGAGCUGUGUGCAUUUUUAUUGACCUGUUGAAGAGAAGCCAAUAGGUAAGUGUUGUCACCCAAGCUACCAAGGAAACUAGAGAAGUGGCAUACUGGUGAGCACUGCACCAUCGUUAGUGCAGCACAUGUGUGUGUUGUUAGCUAUAUAGAGCUUUGAGUCAUUCUGGAUGACAGGAGAGAGAAAAAGCUUUAUUCCCUUACUCAGGCAAGGAAUGUCCAUGAUUUCAUUUGGUCUAAUGGCAUGAGUUAAGAGGAAGGAAAAGCGGUGUUCUAGCAACAGGUGAUCAUGGUUGUUUUAAAAUGAAUCUGUAGUGCUGGCUGGGAAAUUCUACUCUAUGAGAGUCCUGUUAUUUUAAAAGCCAAGACAAAGCCUGCAAAAACUGAAAGGGUGAAUUCUGUAGUUUUAGUUACUGCUGAUGGUAGUACUGCAUCUUUGUGUUAAAAAUCAAGUUGUUGAUUUUUAUUAUUUUAUAUAGAUGCCCAGAUUUUUUGCUGGUAGCCUAAAAACCUAAACUGACAGCAGCAUUGAAGCCCUCUGAGCAAUUACUGGGCCAACAGAAGGUCUAAGUGGACAGAAAAAGUGCCCCAUCAUAAAUGGAGACAGUGUGUGUUUGGGGGGAGGGGUGGGAGAGGGCAAGUCACAAACCACAGCUCUUCUCUGUGUAUACGUUUAAACUGAAUAUCAUCUUUUUGUGUAUAGUUAAGUUCUCAGAUUUGUAAGUUUUUAUACAUCAUUUCAUUGAAUAAAAACUGAAUUAAAUGGGAUAUGAUUUAUU